GCUAGAGAAAUUAUUUCGAGAAAUUAUUUAUAAAAAAUAAUUUAAACCAAUGUCUUUCACUUUGCGUGGCAAUCUGUUCAUGGCUAAUUAACUAGUGCAGUUAAUUGAAAUGGAGGAAAGAAAUUUCAGACAAUAUUAUUACGAGAAAUUUGGUUUUCGAGUGGUAGAAGAGAAAAAAUCGGUGGAGAUUCUUUUAAAAGAACAUCACCUUGAUAUUGAAAAGUUGAGACAAUUCUGCUUGAGAUUUACUCUUCCUGCCAUGUACAGAUUAGUUGUUUGGAAAAUUUUACUAGGUGUUUUACCUGCCAGCCAGUCUAGUCAAAAGUUUGUACUUGAACAGAGAACACAACAAUAUAAAGAUCUGCAUCAUGGGUUAAAAUUGCUGAAAAGAAUAGAUUCUAAUUCACUAGAGGAAGAAGUUUUAUUGAAAAUGUUUUUAUUGGAACAGGGUUGUUUGCCUUUUGAAGAAAGUAAUUUGAAGAAGGAUGAUGGUUUUCUGUCUUUUCUUGCCAUAGCGAAAGGAGUUUGUAGUUUAACAGAUGAUAAUGUUGACCAGUAUUGGAUAUCAACUAAAUUCUUCACAUACUUUAAGAAAUUUCAUGACAAUUUUCCAGUGCUGAUAGAUAAAACAUUGGUUUGUUUGAAAAAGGAAGAUAGUGAUCUUAAGUUAUUAAAUCAUUUAGAACAACAUGAUAUAUUGAGUUCCCUCCCUUUAAUAAGUUGGUUUCGUAGUUGUUUUGCUGAUGUCCUUCCAGAAACUUCGUUUGAAAGAAUUUGGGAUAAAGUUAUUGGAGGUAGUUGUGCUAUUCUAGUUUAUGUAGCUGUGUGUAUAUUUUUAACUUUUAAAAGGCCUUUAUUAAGCAUGAAUAAUACAGAUGACAUGGUGAAAUAUCUACGGAAGAUUCCAGCUGAUUGUGGUGAUAAAGUUGUGAAUGAAGCUAUUGAAUUGUGGCAGAAAAAUGGUUGUCAUAUGAUGCAUCCCAAAUCUGAGUCCCCAGCUCUUGAUAAAUCUAUAUAAAAUUAUAUAAAGCUUUUUGUGAUACCAUAUCCUUAUAUGUAUGUAUGUUUAUUAAGUAUUAUGGCCCUAUCAAAAUAGUGGCUAGUUUUAGCAUUUAUUAUGAGAUUUGUACAGAAUAAGAGAGGGUCGCUUAAAGAGGCAUGAUUUGGUGCUGGAAUAUGUAUUAUCUAAUAGGAAAUUCAUCAUGUAAAGUUGCUUACACUAAAAUUAUUAUGUGUAAUGUUCCCCAAAUUUAAAGUAAACAUCUAAUUGAUUCUAUAAAUUUAAAAGA